AUGGACGACGACAGGCGGCUAUGUUUGGCGCCGCAGCUGUGUAUCCGGUGCCGGUCGUACGGCCACGUCGUGGUGUCCAACGCAGACGCCUGCGUGUGUCUGGACGACGAGACGUGUCCGCAUAACAAAAACACGCUAAAAAAAAAGUUUGUUUCGAUUUUUCAAGUAUUUAUUAUUUUUCAACACUUAUUGUUUAAAAUAUAGUGUUCGAUGAUCAUAAAACAAUAGUCGUCGGAAUAAAAAAAAGAAAACCCUAUCGCUUAGUAUCGAGGGCGUGUAUAAUACACGUAUUAUUUAUAUAAAAAAUUAAUAAUAAUAAUAAUAAUAUUAUGUACUUGUAAAAAGAAAUUAAUUAGAGAUAAAAAAAAAAAAAUAUUACAUUGAACUAACAACGUGAUACGGCGUGUGGUACAUUAUUAUUAUUAUUGGGAUACGCGGGUUGGUGACGCUGCGGCGGCGGUUUACAGGACGAGUUUGGCGGACGCGACGGUCACUCGGCCCAGAGUGGACGACGGAGACGACGACGAAGAUGA